CCCGUCGCGUCUUCACCUUGCAUCGAUGACCGCUGGACUGGUGCGGCUCCAUUGUCGUUGACCCAACACCGUGGCUGUAUAUCUCAGUCGCUCCAACACGGAGACGUUGUUGCCAUCGACCCGAUCACACCAAGUGAGAAUGCAUGGCGCCUUCAGUACCGGCCCGGCAAUUGUAGCCUGUCUUGCUUGUGUAGGUACUCAACGAAGAGUGCUGUGCCGUCCAUUUUGGGUGUCUUGAGAAAGAGGUGCUCACGGACCCACUUCAACGUUGUCGAUUAUGUAACGGGCCGGUCGGUGGUGACUCAGCGCGGCAAAGUUUAUCCGCAGCCCCCUCACGUGAGUCGCUCGCCCACACAACACCAAAUUCCACGAAAAUCUCUAGCCGCCCCCGUUCAAUUCGUCAUCCACAGCAACACCACUCAAAUCCAUCAAAAUGGGAAAGGUUCACGGAUCUCUUGCCCGUGCCGGCAAGGUCAAGUCUCAGACCCCCAAGGUUGAGCCCCAGGAGAAGGCCAAGGUCCCCAAGGGCCGUGCUCUCAAGCGCCUCAAGUACACCCGACGAUUCGUCAACGUCACCCUGACCGGUGGCGGCAAGCGGAAGGUGAGCGGACGACGACGGAUGCGCGGGUGUGAAUCGUGAUGCUGACGGUCGACAGAUGAACCCCAACCCCGGCUCUUAAACGGAUGGCGGGAUGAGGACGAUGGAUGCAUGAUGUUUGGGCGGAUUGGCAGUUGCAGCUAGCACAGAGCAGCGCGACACGGCGUCCGGUUCUUUCGUAAUACAGAAAGUUCUCGCAACAGCACCGAUGACAGUGAUGAUGAGACCAGUGACGCGGAUCGAUGAGGGGGCAAGUGUCGGGCGCUGGGCUGUCAACGACACGAUGAGGCACGGCGACCGCGGACGCAAGACGACUCUGGAACGUUUGGCCCGAUGUUGAAAUGAGGGCACUCGACACUUGCGAUCGCAGUCCAUGGCGACAAUGACGACAACAGACAUGUG